CCCGGAAGCGGAAAUAACAUCAAGCUGCGUCUUGAAACCGCCGUGCGUGUUUCAGAUGUAUGGUGGUUCAGUUUCGGAAAUAAAGAAAAGAGUUAACUUUUCAAAGUGUGUUAUUAGUGUGGUGUGCACGUAAUUCGUGCACACUAAGCUAGUGUUUGCAUAACUAGAAACAUACAUGAGUGCUGUCUAGUUUAUUUAGCUGUUUGUCUCUCCUCUAGCACCGGCUUUGCUGGUUGAUAAAUAAUAUUUUUAUUUUGAGCGCAUUUAUAGAAAUAAAAAGUCAUGGCGGAUGUUACUGCACGUAGUUUGCAGUAUGAAUACAAAGCGAACUCCAACUUGGUGUUGCAAGCGGACAGAUCUCUGAUCGACCGCACCCGCAGAGAUGAGCCCACCGGAGAGGUGCUGUCUCUGGUCGGCAAACUGCAGGGAACAAAAAUGGGAGACAGGAGUCAGAGAACCAAACCUCAGAUGCUGGAGGAGAGGAGAGCAAAGAGAGGACAGAGAGACGAGGACAGAUAUGACAUAAACAAGAUGAGGGGCCUCACACUGCUGUCUGAGGGGAUUGAUGAGAUGGUGGGCAUCGUAUACAAGCCCAAGACCAAAGAGACAAGAGAAACAUAUGAAAUUCUCCUCAGCUUCAUUCAGGCAGCCCUUGGAGAUCAGCCAAGGGAUAUCCUUUGUGGAGCUGCAGAUGAGGUGUUGGCUGUGCUGAAGAAUGACAAGAUGAGAGACAAAGAGAGGAGGAGGGAGGUGGAGCAGUUGCUGGGGCCUGCUGACGACACACGCUACCACGUCCUGGUCAACCUGGGCAAGAAGAUCUCUGACUAUGGUGGAGACAAAGAGCUUCAAAAUAUGGAUGAUAACAUUGAUGAAACCUAUGGAGUCAAUGUGCAGUUUGAGUCUGAUGAAGAGGAGGGCGACGAGGACCAGUACGGAGAGGUUCGGGAGGAAGGCUCUGAUGACAGUGAGGGAGAGGAGGCAGAUGAGAGCAGCACCCUGACUGCUAAUCUGGGAAACACAGGCGAUGUAAUGAUGACCAAAAAGAAGGAUCUUCACCCCCGAGACAUUGAUGCCUUCUGGCUUCAGCGACAACUCAGCCGAUUCUACAAUGAUGCCAUCGUGUCUCAGAAGAAAGCAGAUGAGGUCUUGGAAAUCCUUAAGACUGCCAGUGACAACAGAGAGUGUGAGAACCAGUUGGUGCUGCUUUUGGGCUUCAACACAUUUGACUUCAUUAAGGUGCUCCGCCAGCACAGGCGAAUGAUCCUGUACUGCACCAUGUUGGCUAGUGCCCAAAGUGAGGCUGAGAAGGAGAAAAUCAUGAAUAAAAUGGAAGCUGAUCAGGAUCUUUCCAAAGUUCUUUACCAGCUGCAAGAGACUGAGAAAGAGGACAUCAUCAGGGAGGAGCGAUCUCGCCGGGAGAGAGUAAGAAAGUCUCGUGUGGAUGAUCUGGAGUCUAUGGACAUUGAUCAUGGAGAGGCUGUGACCUCGAGGCAACUACUAGAUCUGGAAGACCUGGCCUUCUCUCAGGGCAGUCACUUCAUGGCCAACAAGCGUUGUCAGCUGCCUGACGGCUCCUUCCGCAAACAGAGGAAGGGUUACGAGGAGGUCCAUGUGCCCGCUCUCAAACCCAAAGCCUUUGGUGAUGAUGAGACAUUGGUGGCUAUUGAGAAGCUGCCCAAAUAUGCACAAGCUGGGUUCGAAGGCUUGAAAACCUUGAAUCGCAUACAGAGUAAACUCUUCAAAACUACACUGGAGACAGAUGAAAACCUGCUGGUUUGCGCUCCAACGGGUGCUGGCAAAACGAAUGUUGCUCUCAUGGCAAUGCUCAGAGAGAUCGGAAAGCAUAUCAACAUUUUUUUUUUUUUUAAGAUUUUCAGAUAUUGCAAGAACCUUGAGCUGAAGGAUCUAUUGCCAUAUGGUUUUGCUAUUCACCAUGCUGGAAUGACCAGAGUGGACAGAACGUUGGUAGAGGAUCUGUUUGCUGACCGUCACAUUCAGGUAUUGGUGUCUACAGCCACUCUGGCCUGGGGUGUGAACUUGCCAGCGCACACUGUCAUCAUCAAAGGCACACAGGUGUACAGUCCAGAGAAAGGCAGAUGGACAGAGCUGGGAGCCUUGGAUAUCCUACAGAUGCUGGGUCGUGCUGGCAGGCCGCAGUAUGACUCUAAGGGAGAGGGUAUUCUGAUAACUUCCCAUGGAGAGCUGCAGUAUUACCUGUCCCUGCUCAAUCAGCAGCUGCCCAUCGAGAGCCAGAUGGUGGCCAAACUACCCGACAUGCUCAAUGCAGAGAUCGUGUUGGGCAAUGUGCAGAAUGCCAAGGAUGCUGUAAAUUGGCUGGGUUACACAUACCUUUAUGUUCGAUUGUUGCGGAACCCCACACUAUAUGGUGUCUCCCAUGACGACCGCAGCAUUGACCCCCUACUAGAGCGACGCAGGAUGGAUCUAGUGCACACAGCAGCCACCGUCUUGGAGAAGAACAACUUGGUCAAAUAUGACAAGAGAUCUGGCAACUUUCAGGUGACAGACCUGGGCCGCAUUGCCAGUCAUUUCUACAUCACCCACGAGUCCAUAAUGACUUACAACCAGCUGCUGAAGCCUACACUGAGUGAGAUCGAGCUCUUCAGGGUGUUCUCGCUCUCAUCUGAGUUCAGAAACAUCACCGUCAGAGAGGAAGAAAAACUGGAGCUUCAGAAACUGCUGGAGAGAGUCCCUAUUCCAGUAAAGGAAAGCAUUGAAGAACCCAGUGCAAAGAUUAAUGUGCUGCUGCAGGCAUAUAUCUCUCAGCUCAAACUGGAGGGCUUUGCUCUCAUGGCUGAUAUGGUCUAUGUGACGCAGAGCGCUGGCAGACUGAUGAGGGCCAUCUUUGAGAUUGUCCUGAGCAGAGGCUGGGCCCAACUCACCGACAAGACUUUGAACCUUUGCAAGAUGAUCGACAAAAGGAUGUGGCAGUCGAUGUCUCCCUUGCGUCAGUUCCGCAAGCUUCCAGAGGAGGUCAUCAAAAAGAUUGAGAAGAAGAACUUUCCCUUCGAACGCCUCUAUGAUCUGAACCACAAUGAAAUUGGUGAGUUGAUCCGCAUGCCAAAGAUGGGGAAGACCAUUCAUAAGUACGUCCAUCAGUUCCCAAAGCUGGACCUGGCAGUUCAUCUGCAGCCAAUCACACGCUCCACUCUGAAAGUGGAGCUCACCAUCACACCAGAUUUCCAGUGGGAUGACAAGAUACACGGCUCAUCUGAGGCAUUCUGGAUCUUAGUAGAGGAUGUGGACAGUGAGGUCGUUCUUCAUUAUGAGUACUUCCUCCUGAAGGCCAAGUACGCUCAGGAUGAGCAUCUUGUGACUUUCUUUGUGCCCGUGUUUGAGCCGCUGCCACCACAGUACUUCAUUCGUAUAGCUUCAGACCGUUGGCUGUCAUGUGAGACACAACUUCCUGUUUCAUUCCGUCACCUGAUCCUGCCUGAGAAAUAUCCUCCCCCAACUGAGCUGCUGGACCUGCAGCCAUUGCCCGUGUCCGCUCUGAGAAAUGCAGCCUUCGAGAGGCUCUACCAGAACUUUCCCUUUUUCAACCCAAUCCAGACCCAAGUGUUCAAUGCAUUGUACAACAGCGAUGAUAAUGUCUUUGUUGGCGCCCCCACUGGCAGCGGGAAGACCAUAUGUGCUGAGUUUGCAAUACUUAGGAUGCUCCUACACAAUUCUGAGGGCCGCUGUGUCUACAUCACACCCAUGGAGGCUCUGGCUGAACAGGUCUUUAUUGACUGGCACCAGAAGUUCCAGGAGACUUUAAAUAAGAAGGUCGUCCUGCUCACUGGUGAGACGAGCACUGACCUCAAGCUGCUGGGUAAAGGUGACAUCAUCGUCAGCACCCCAGACAAGUGGGACAUCUUGUCCCGUCGCUGGAAACAGAGGAAGAACGUGCAGAACGUUAGUCUCUUCAUUGUAGACGAGAUUCAUCUCAUUGGAGGUGACAAUGGACCUGUGUUGGAGGUGAUUUGCUCCAGGAUGAGGUACAUCUCCUCUCAGAUUGAGCGGCCCAUCCGUAUCGUGGCCCUCAGCUCCUCUCUGUCUAAUGCUAAAGAUGUGGCCCACUGGCUUGGCUGCAGCACUACAGCCACCUUCAACUUCCACCCCAAUGUGAGGCCGGUUCCUCUUGAGCUUCACAUUCAGGGCUUCAAUGUGAGUCACACACAGUCUCGUCUGCUGUCCAUGGCUAAACCAGUGUAUCACGCCAUAAUGAAACAUUCCCCAUCCAAACCAGUGCUGGUCUUUGUGCCAUCAAGGCGCCAGACUCGUCUCACCGCUAUUGAUAUCCUCACCUUCUGUGCUGCAGACGUGGUCCCACAAAGGUUCCUGCACUCAACUGAGAAGGACCUGGCUCCAUUCAUGGAGAAUCUCUCUGAUGUUACACUGAAGGAGACCCUCUCUAAUGGGGUAGGGUACCUUCACGAGGGCCUUUCACCUACAGAGCGCAGGAUUGUGGAGCAUCUCUUCACCUCUGGUGCCAUUCAGGUGAUGGUGGCUUCUCGCUCUCUCUGCUGGGGCACCAAUAUUUCUGCCCACCUGGUGAUUGUCAUGGACACGCAGUACUACAACGGGAAAAUCCAUGCAUAUGUGGACUACCCAAUCUAUGAUGUGCUCCAGAUGGUUGGAAAGGCUAACCGUCCUCUCCAGGACGACGAGGGUCGCUGUGUGAUCAUGUGUCAAGGGUCAAAAAAGGACUUCUUCAAGAAGUUCCUCUACGAGCCUCUGCCUGUGGAGUCUCACCUGGACCACUGUCUUCACGACCAUUUCAAUGCUGAGAUCGUCACCAAGACUGUGGAGAACAAGCAGGAUGCUGUAGACUACAUGACAUGGACGUUCCUGUAUCGCCGCAUGACCCAAAACCCCAACUACUACAACCUGCAGGGUAUGUCUCAUCGCCACCUGUCAGAUCAUCUGUCUGAACUGGUGGAAAACACCUUGCAAGAUCUGGAGCAGUCCAAGUGUAUCAGCAUCGAGGAUGAGAUGGAUGUGGCACCUCUGAAUCUGGGCAUGAUCGCAGCCUAUUACUACAUUAACUACACCACCAUUGAGCUGUUUAGUAUGUCCCUGAACGCCAAGACAAAGGUCCGUGGCCUCAUCGAGAUCAUCUCUAAUGCUGCGGAGUAUAAAAACAUUCCUAUCAGGCACCAUGAAGACACCCUGCUGCGGCAGCUGGCUCAGAAAGUUCCUCACAAACUGAACAACCCCAAGUUCAACGACCCGCAUGUGAAGACCAACCUGCUGCUCCAGGCUCAUCUGUCCCGCAUGCAGCUGAGCGCUGAGCUCCAGUCAGAUACUGAGGAGAUCCUCAGCAAGGCUGUGCGGCUGAUCCAGGCGUGUGUGGAUGUGCUCUCCAGUAACGGCUGGUUGAGUCCGGCGCUGGCUGCUAUGGAGCUGGCUCAGAUGGUGACACAAGCCAUGUGGUCCAAAGACUCGUACCUCAAACAGCUACCCCACUUCACUUCUGAACACAUCAAGCGCUGCACGGACAAGGGUGUGGAGAGCAUCUUCGACAUCAUGGAGAUGGAAGAUGAGGACCGCACUGGUCUUCUGCAGCUUACAGAUGUACAAAUGGCAGAUGUGGCACGAUUCUGUAACCGCUAUCCCAACAUUGAGCUGUCGUAUGAAGUGGCUGACAAAGACAACAUCAAGAGUGGAAGUCCAGUGGUCGUCCAAGUGCAGUUGGAGCGAGAAGAGGAAGUUACAGGUCCUGUCAUUGCCCCUCUGUUCCCUCAGAAACGUGAAGAAGGCUGGUGGGUUGUUAUUGGAGACCCCAAAUCGAACAGUCUUAUCUCAAUCAAGAGACUAACUCUUCAACAGAAGGCUAAGGUGAAACUUGACUUUGUGGCACCUAUUGUAGGUGUGCACAACUACACACUGUACUUCAUGAGCGAUGCUUACAUGGGCUGUGACCAGGAAUACAAGUUCAGCAUGGAUGUUAAAGAAGCAGACAGUGAGGGGGAAAGUGACAGUGAUUAAUUCCAGAUUAGUUAUAAUGAACGGUUGUACUGUCAUGUGAAAGCAGUUUGUGUUUUUAUAUAUAUUUUUUUAAGGAAUAUUGUGACUGUUUAAUAAAUUGUGAUUUAAAUAAAGAAACAUGUACAUUGGA